AUGUGGUCACGGGGAGUGGAUGCUCAGGGCCGCCGCACUGAAUGGGAAGGUAACCACCCACCCCACCCACGCCGCGGGAGCAGUUAUACCACAAGCAGAAGUGUGGGUCAGGUGGGGGGUAGAAGCAGAGGAUCUCGCUCGGCAGACAGAGCCGGUGGGCAGGAUCCAACAUGUGGGACCGCCGGAGUCUUACUCCGGGGUCCCGGUGGUCGGCAAUGGAAAGCGGUCAGAGGACUGCUUUCCGGCAGCCGCAGAACGGACGAAAAGUGA